ACCGAAAGCGAUCCGCCCACAAGCAGCUUCGGAUGAGCGUCACUCCUUAGUUACAACCGCCCCCCGCGUUGUCCCGACCCCUUCCCCAUCCCCAAGCCCCUUCGACUCGAAAACACCGCCAGCGUCUCUGCUCAUCGAACUCUAUCACCAUGGCCUUUUCCAACGACAACAUGUACCAAUACAACGGGUACCCUCCAGCGGCUCAGAAGGCUGUACUCUCCAUCUCCGAGGUACGCCACUCUGCCACGUCGCCAUCUACGGCUCAAGCGCUAACCCACUGGACAGAUGUUAAACCCCGCGGCACCGGCUAGCCCUCAUUCAGCCCGGUACGGGGCGGCAUCAUCUCCUGGGGCGUGGUCCCCGAGCGACGGGGUUCCAUCCCCAAGUAACUACACAUACUCCCAGCCGGAGCGCGCAGGCUGGGACUACCACCCGACGCCGCCGCCAACGCGGCUCCCGCCCAUUUCGGUACCAUCCUCAGAGAGCCCGGCCGGAGGGUACGCCGGAGACGGUUAUAGAAACAGCCACAGCUCCUGGGGCGGCGGCAGCGGAGCCAGCUCGCCACGGGUAUUUGGCGGCUUCAACUCCAUCGACGGCUCCCGGCACCACCACAUGCCCACCGGCGGCGGCCUCGCCCGCGGCGAACGCGAGACCUCGCUUUCAACACUCGACGGCUCGGAGGGACCUGUCAAGGCGUCCGGGAAGACGCGGCAGAACUUCCCGGGCCCGGUCACCAAAAUCUUCAACGAGUGGGCCGAGAAGCGGAUCCUAGUCAACGACGACCGGUGCCGGUUCACCAAGAGCGAGAUGGUGACCAUCGCGUCCGUCACAGACGUCGAGCUGAAACAAGUCGAGAACUGGUACACCAACCACCGCCGGCGCGGCUUCCCCCAGCAGAUGAUCGACGUGCUGCACCGCGAGGCCAAGGCCGUCGAGCGCAAGUACCGCGAGGCCGACCAGCUGGCGCAGGGGGCCGCCGCCGGCGGCGGCGGGAAUGCGUCGUCCCCCGGGGAGUUGUUGAGGGCGCAGGCCGAGGCGGCGGGUCUCCGCGCGCGCCUGGCUGAUUUGCGGCAGUGGGAGCAGGCCGCGAGGCAGAGGUUGGCUGCGCUGAAGGCGAAGGUGCGGGAGGGGAAGAGGAAGGGGGCGGGGGGGAGGUAGUUGUUUUGUUGGGGUUGGUGUGUGGUGGAUGGGUUCGGGAGGUUCUUGGAGCGUUGUGUUUUUUUUUUUUUACUUCUUCCUCUUCUUCUUUUUGGUUCUUUACUUUUUUUUCCCGGGUUUAGGUUUAGGUACGCGGUGCGGUGUAUGGGUUGGCAUCAAAAGGUUGGGUCGGGCUCACGCCCGGAUGGGUGGGUUGAGCAGAGGAGUUGGUU